UAGUAGUUCAAUGUUUCAAUCACAAACCUGUUUUGUUGAAAUAAUUGGCUUUGAAUUGUCCGCCAUAUUUGAUCAGAUUUGAUCUAGUGCCAUUCUCCUGGCGCAGUUUUCCAAGAUGGCGACCAAUUCCUCUAUUUCAAGAUUCAGUGAUUUGGUAGUUUCUGAACGUUUUGUGGAAAACUAAGUACACCUCUUGGUAUAUUUAUACUUUCAAAAGAUGAGUGACGUAAAGGAUAUAUUGGAGAUUGAACAGGCGUCCACAGGAACACCGACUAAAGAGGCUAUUGUUGCUGGAAAUAAGGUGAAGUAUCAAAACACUGAAAACAGAAGACAGACUCACAGACAGAGAAAGAAAAAUUUAGUACAAACAACUGUGUUUUAGCAACUUGAAUAUGGAUAAGGCCCAUUACACAAGGCCAAUCUACUCUUUGGAGUUUGGAGGCUCUCUGCUAACUUUGCUACCUUACCUAAUGCACAUAUCAACGGCCUGCCCUGGGGGUACACCCCGGGACUUUGAAAAAACAUGAUUCUAAUGCAUUAAUUCCCCCUCCCUCCCCCGGGAAAUGUGUAAGUCAAACUGCCCUCCCCCUGGGGCUUAGAAUAAAGUAGUUCAUAAUAUAAAUAGCAUACAAACAAUUAAAAACUCGGGGUGUUAGCUAGCCCAUAUACUGUCCAUUUGACGGACUCUUCCCAAUUGAAGUAGCUAAGGGGCUUUCCCAACCGAGUCUACUGGAAGAUUUUCAUUUUUUCUGAUGAGAAAGUGCAUUGCAUUUGAUUUUAUAUUAUUAUAUCAAAGAACGUUUUAUUUACUUUUUCCAUUAACUACUCAAAAUGUAUCGCGUUUCAUUCAUAUUGGGUGUGUAUUCACUGAAAUGAAAUGCACAAAACAAAGUGCCAUCGGUGUGCAUCCGUGUUCAUUCACCGGAAAUGAAAUAGAAAAAACCAAGCCACUGUUGUUUGCAUCUAAGAAGAAACACGUUGGAAAAAACACUAUUUAUUCCUACACAUGCAAGGACUUUGAUCGGUCAAAAUUUUUUUUCCCAAUUUACGUUUAACGGACAAAACCUUUUUUUCUGAAAUUAUCAUACAAACUGGGGUAUCACAAUGGCACUCAUGUAUUCUGUAUUUAUUUAUUCAAAUUUUAGCAAGACCACUACAAAAUAUCAUAGAUAAUAAGUUGGCGAUCGAUAUUUUUCUCCGUGAGCCUGCGAUUUUGAGUUCGCACCAAUUGUUCACUUCAUUUAUAAAAUUCAAAUUGUCACGCCAAAGUCCCCUACUUCCCCUCCCCCCGUCGUCCUAUUAGUGCGAAGUUUGUAAUUUCCCCGGGGUUCACGGGCAGAAUACACGGAUAAAAUACCAAAUUCCCCCUCGUUUCCCCCCGGUUGUCCCGGGGGUGUACCCCCCGGGCAGGCCGUUGAUAUGUGCAUAAGUACAUGCCAAAAAUGUUUUCUCUAUUAAAAGUGUACACCUGGGAUGGCAAAAUUGCAUGUGCAGGAUCUUCAGUGUACAUGACAAACUUAGCAGCAUGUAUUAAUGUCAGAUGUUGGGAUUUCAAGCUCUGUGAGUUGGGAUGUCAAGCUCUCAGGCCCAAAUACUCAGCAAGUUUUCCCCGGUUUCACAAUAUGAACACAUGCUUUCCCCACCCAUCAUAAGAUUUUUCACAUAGUUUAACCCAUUGAGCUGCAAUGUGCCCCAGUGCGCCCUACUUUUUUUUACUUGUCUAUUUAACACCAGACGAUUUUACUUGUCAAUGGGAAAGCUCUGCAGCUUAAUGGGUUAACCAAAAAAUCUGACAUUGUCUCUAGUUAACUCAUUGAGCUGCAAUGCGCCACAGUCCCAGUGCACCCUACUUAUUUGUUUUUACUUGUCUAAUGCUAAAUGAUUUUACUCGUCAAUGGGGAAGCUAUGCAGCUUAGGGGCCAUUCACAAAGGAUGUCCGGCCAAAUGAUGGAUUUUCAGACCCCCCCCUCCCCCCCUUGUCCGGCAUUGUCCAAAUUAGUGACUCCCCCCGGACAUCCGCCAUGCCUCGCAAAAACUCACGCAACCUUGUAUAUAUCAAGAGUAAAAAACUUUUUUUACUUUUAGAACUUUUUUAUAACUGUAAAUGUGAACACAAAAACAUAUAAAUUACUAAUUAAAACAAAAUCUAGUGUUAACCGCAUUGUCAAAAUGCCAAUUUCACAAUGGGAAGGACUGCUCAAAAUAGAGGGAAAAAGAAAUUUGUUUUUGAAUUUUUUUAAAUUUCGGACAUCCGGAUUGCUAAAAAAAACCCCUCCCCCCCUAUGUCCGAGUUUGUCCUGAUUUUCCAAAUCCCCCUCCCCCCCUCGGCUCGGACAUCCUUUGUGAAUGGCCCCUUAAUGGAAUAAUUACUUUGGCCUAACAAAAAUAUCUUGUGGUUCCGGUUUUCCUGAUAGACCCUCUUCUGUUGAUCAUUGUUUUUUCUUUAAUGUGUUUGGGUUGUUAGCUUACCUACAACAGGAUGCCAAAAAUUGACAUCCAUUGCCCACAAUUAGUUCUUAAAAUGUUUAUGUGUUGGGGAAAUGAGUUGAUCACACUUAUGGCCAUUGCUGACCAAUUUCAAGCAAAAGAAAUAAAUAUUUUCCAACCUACAAUGUACAGUACUUGCCCUAUAUUUUUUCAGUAUGUGAAACCAACAACCUCAUACCCAGCUAUUUUCUCUGAACACUAGGGCUCCGGAUCCUGGGUACGAGGAUGAGAACAGGCCUGACCCACACAAUAUUUUUUGUUAGGCUUUAAAUAUUCCAUAUCAUACAGAGCAUGUUUGGUGAACAAUCCGAUGUCAACUCAUCAUAACCCCCUCUCUCACAAUGAUAAACUUGUUCUGUCACUUCUGUGUUGGAAAGGAGAUUCUAACAGAGAAUAACCCGAAAUUUCUGGGUCCAUGAGAACUGGCUUUUCUGUGCAAAAACGACAUUAACUGGUUUUCAAUGGGUAAUGGUGAAGGCAGAUAGAUAGAUAGAUAGAUAGAUAGAUAGAUAGUUUAUUAGUAAUUCCAAAACUUGCAGCUACAUAUGCAGCUAAAUUAAUAUGAUUGAUAAAAAAUUACAAUUUCCUUAUAAAUAAAUCUAUACAACUCUAAGCUAAUAUUAAGAUUAAACUAGGAAUUACGGCUAUAGGAAUUAUAUUAAUUUAGAAAUGUUAAAAUUGUUAAGAUAUUAAGGUUCGAAAUUAAUAUCGACUUGCGCUAGCGAUUAUAAAAGAGUUUUUAAAACAGUUCAUUUGUGCAUCUUGGUAACCUAAACAGUCGCUUGUUCCGUAGGUUUAUAUAUUGGCAUUCGCUGAUCAUAGGUAGUAGUAACGCGUGAAAUUUAUGGUCUGGGUCUCUCACAAUUCUGCUAAAUGUUUUAUCACACAGUGUUUCCCACCUUUCAUUAAGGUUAUAGAGACCUGAUUUGGCUAGAGCUUCAUUAUAGUACAAGUCCGGAAGAAUGAUCUUGAGUGCACGCCGUUAAAUUCUCUCAAUAUCUUCGCUUAGAUAAUGUGGCAAAUUGUGGUGAAACACUGGGGAGGCGUAUUCGAGGAUUGGGCGUACACACGUGCAGUAGAAAAGGACCAUUUCCUUUGCCGAUACUCUUGCUUGGGCGCUUUAAAAGUUGCCGCAAAAAGUACAAGCGCUUUGAUGUUUUCUUUACUAUUGAAUACACGUGAUCAUUCCACUUGAGAUAGUUUCGGAUGGUUAGGCCUAAUAUUUUUGCAGAAGAAAUUUGAUCAUUUUCUUUGUUUUUAAUUCUCACAGGUGAAAUGUCAGGUUGUUCAGACUUGGCAAAACACACACGCAUCUCUAUGCACUUGUCUUCGUUCAGGGUAAACUUUAGGUCGGUUGACUGGUCUUGAAUCUCAUCGGUCGCAAGUGGUUCCACUAGUGGUUCCUUUGGUGGUGUCAUCUACGAAUUUCCAAAGCUCGACACCAUGCGACACCAUUGGCAUUGAGAUCGUUAAUCACGAGACUAUAUAGCCAAGGUCCGAGUUUCGUACCUUGUGGCACACCGGCUGGGACUGCAGCCCAUUCGGAAUAGCAAUCGGAGGCUAGCUUGACUCUUUGCUAUCGAUUGGUCAAGAAGUCGGAAACCCAGAUUAUCAUCUCAGGAGGAAUGUCAAAAGUGUGGAGUUUUGCGACCAGGAUGCGGUGAUCGAUAUUCGAUAAGGUCGAAGGCCUUUCUGUAAUCGAAUAGGACAAUUCUAACGAGGGAGCUGUUGCCAUCAGUUGCUUUUGUGAGGUUGUAAACAAUACUUAUGAGAGCUUGUGUUGUUGAAGGCUUGGGUAUCGCACCGUACUGCCGUGGGUCGAUAAUUUGAAGGACUGCAGAUUUGAUAAAACGAUCAACCACGAAUACUUCGUCCAGUUUAGAAAUAACUGGAGUCAGGGAGAUUGGUCUGAGCUGUUAAACGUCUAAAACAGGCUUCUGUUUCGGAAUAGGCGAUACGUCAGCUAUCUUCCAGGAUGAGGGCAGACGGUUUUCACAAUAGGUGCCAGAAAGGGUAGGUUUAUUGUGUUUGCCAGGUCAGGUAGAGACUGGGUCUGAGAGUUAGAUUCACCACUGGGAUCAAUCAGAUGGCUGAAGUCAUUUGUACGACAAACUGGAUUCAUACCACAUAUUUCUUUAACUGAAUUCCACCACUGUUUGUGAUUGGAAGACUUAAGCUGCUUAAUUUUGGACUCGAAGAAGUUCAUUCGGCAUUUAUUUUGUUCACGGUUGACGGAAUUUGGGUAUGUCUCCAGAGGCAAGGGCAAGUUGUCGCUGACUGAUUAAAGACUUUAGGUGAUAGUUCAUCCAUGGCGGUUCAUUAUUGCACAGCUUUGUGGAUUUCACAGGUAAGAGAAUGUCCAUUCCAGUGUUGAUGAUUGAUUCGAAACAAGCCCACUUUUCUUCACAAGAGUGAUAAUGAUAUAGGAUGGACCAGUCGAUUUCGUUGAUGAAUGCACUCAUAGCAGCCCUUCGACUGGGACGCAGGUCUCUCGAAUGCUUUGUCUUCUUGUUGGAUUGGUUAUCACCCCGAAUUUUUGGUUCCGCAAGGACGGUGAAGUGAUCUGAAAGGUCACUGUGGUGGUAAUUUAACAGGGGGUUGAUAAUAUUUCUCCAAGUUGGUCAAAAUGAGGUCAAGGGUCCGAUUGCCUCUUGUGUGGAAUUGGAUAAGUUGCUUCAGGCGAAAUUGAUUUUUAAUUCGGGCAACGUCGAGGGUAUUAAAAUCGCCAAGGAUUAUAAAACCGCAUUUGGGGCAAGUAGAUUCCAUCGAGAUGAGCUGUUCGAGCAGAUAAUUGAUCAUAGUCUCGGCGUGGGCUGAGGGCGGAUGGUAAACAGUGCCGACAAUUAUGCAAGACAAGCCCCUAGGCAGGCGAUGUGGCCUGGUUUUCACCCACAAAACUUCCAGGGAUGGAUGGUGAAACUGGUCAAGCACUUCGUAGGGAAUCGAGACUUUGAUGUAUAAGCAGACUCCACCGUGUUGACCGAUUAAACGAUCUUUCCGCAUGUCAUUAUAGCCUGGGAUUUGGGUAACAUUGUUCAAGGACGAAGAUGAACGUUUAUAAUGUAGAUAAGUGUUAGAAUACUUUCCCAAACCAAUUAAGCUUGUUAUUGCAUAUUGGACGUUGCUUGCAUGCGUACGCCAGCUCUACAUCCGCGACGUGUAAGUGACUUGUUUAGGUCAAAACCUUUUAGCUUCAGCCAUACUGAACAAUCGACUUGGGUGACAGAACACUUCGAGGAAAUAAUCGACGAUAAAACAGUUCUAGAAUAAGUUAUUAUUGCCAUAAGUCUUUAGAGUAAGAAAGGUCACCAAGAUCCAUUUGACUGUAGUAAAUAGCCAUAGUUGGCUAAAUAAAACUAGAGUUUUAAGGAGCAAUAAUUAAGCCGUGCAGCCGUUUAAGCGCUAACGUCAAAUGCAUGUUGUCCGUGUCAAAGGGGGUCAAAGUAAUUGCGGAACAAGUCUCUGAUUGUGGGAUGAUACUAUAACAAACAUACUUGCAGGGAGGUGAGUCCGGGAUUGGACGCACCGAGGGUGGCUGGAAGUUUCCCGAACUCACUGAGCGAAGCGAGGUAUUAAAGUUCGGGAAACUUCCAGCCACCCGAGGUGCGUCCAAUCCCGGACUCACCGAACCUGCAAGUAUGUUUGGUUUUUAUCACGUGCCAUUUCGGUAAAAUACUAAAAAGUACUGAAGAAUUUUAUACGCAUUUUAGUUUUUAGUAUAGAAUUUCUUGUUUGGAUAACGAACAUUUUAGCCGCCAACAUACUACGCAAACAAACAAACAAACAAACAAACAAACAAACAAAUUUAGGCUUAAAUUAAAGCUAAAAAAAUUCUCUACAAUAUUCCCGUAUUCUUGAAAAGAGAAAAUGCACACAUUCAGCGAAAACAUUGCCAAGAUUUAUAUAAACCUGCCCGUGCCGAACAAAUUUCGGCGGCCAUCUUUUCUUCCACUUUGAAUACAGAAUUAAUAUUCCAUUUUCAUCAAACAAAAUAAAAAAAAUAAUAAUUAUAUAUAAAACAAUUAAAAACAGUUAAUUUAUUUUUUAUUUAUGAACAUUUUCGUCGGAAAUUUGUUCAAAUCGCUUCAUAAUGGCCGCCGCCGCAACAUCGAUCUCGAACCCACCUCCUAAACAUACGUCAGCAGGUGGGUUCGAGAUUGAACGCAUCUCCUCGUAGCCAAUAGGAAAGCCGCUAAUACGCUAGGUAUGAGAUAAAGUAUCUGUUUGUCAAUAGCAUUUUAUACAUUUUAAUUCAUUCACUCUAGAACAUUUCUUCCUAGGAUACAUUAAUGUUGAGCGACAUGGCUGAACUGAGUAUAGUUUGAAGCUGGUUAACCCACUGAGCGCCAAUGCUCUCCCCUUACAAGUAAAAUUGUUUGGCAUUAGUGCAACUUAAUGGAUUAAAUAAAUUAUAAAUGAAAGAAUGUUAACAAAAUCAGUAUUAUGUUAAAUAAAUUGUAAAUUCCAUAGCUCUACAUUUCAAAGGAUGUGUCUGUUAUAAUAUACACACCAUAAUUUCUUGAAAACUGUAUUGAACCACCUUAAGAUGGCAUCUGGUCUCAUUGGAAGUUCUUUAAUUCCUAUUCCCACAGACAUGAAUAGUCACACAUAGGUUUGUUCUAUAGCAUGAAGUUUUGCCUUUAAGGGAUUUUGUGAGGAUCAAGAUAUUAAGCCAUCUUAAAUGACAGCUUCCUUAAGUUUCAUCUCUUCCAUAUCAAAGUCGGAGUAACAGUUUGUGGAAUUUGGUUAUUUUAAAAAGUUAUCUGAAACAUCCUAUAUUCUUUUCAAUAAUGAGAUCUAAUCUCUUUAACAUUGUAAAAAAUACUAAAAAUUAACCCAAUUCCGCAGUUCACUUCAGCAAGACCUUGUCAAUGGUUGUCACAUUUCCUCCUACAGUAUCCUUACAUAUUUCUAGUCAUUUUGCUCAUUUUUUUUGCUUUCUACUGGAUUUGUAUAAAAUAUCCUUUUUCAUAUGUAAAAUAAAACAGUUUCCUGCAUUGCCUUUUCCUUGUGUAGACUACCCCUCCUCUUAAUUAAUAUAUCUAUAUAAUCAAGUACAACUUAUAUUUUCCUUACAGUUUGCUUUUUAUUCAAAUUUCAUUUUUAAUUCUUAAGCUACAGUAUAAAAUUUACAUCACAUCACAGUUAAGGAUUCAAACGUACAUUUAUAGAGCCCAGCGACAGUCCAUUGUCUUCUUUCACUAAACAUACUUCUGAAUAAUUGAAAGUAGUUUGACGGGCGGUUGUGGGGAGGCGCGUACCUCCCCUGAGAUAGUAGGGACCUUUAGCAAAUAGGUGACGGCAACGCGACGACGACGGCCAAAACAAACUCGUUCAAAUAAGUAUAUUAAACUUUAAGAACAACAUACAUGUCUUGUAUUAUCCGUUGUAUGAAUUUUUUGCAGUUUAAUAAGGUUAAGACAGAGGUUUAUAGUUGAGAAGACUUCUACUAAGCCAAUAUGGCGAGGACGACUUCUCGCGGCUUGAAAGGCAGACGUUGUGUACAAAACGUGAAAAUCUUUGGUUUGCUGUUGUAAACAGAGCAAGGACGACGUCUAAAACUCCCAAGGGACCUUGAAUUAUGCAUUUUCUUUCUACACUGUCAUAAAUUUCAUUGUAUUAAUACCAGGUGAUCUCGGAACUCGGAGAAGGCCUGGCACUAGUUGUAAAAUAGAAAUCCAUUUCUGGUUUAAAAUUACUCAAUAUCUCAUCAACGGUAUUAGAUUUGUAUUUCAAAUUUGUCCCAGACAUUCAUUUCCCUGUGCAAGACACAGACACAAAGUUUCAAACAGUUUCACAAAAGAAUCAGGGCGUGAUAAGUGAUUAAAGGUACGAAACUGGAUUUCUAUUCUGUUGCUAGUCCCAGUCCUUUUGCUCACCAUCGGAUCACCUGGUAGCCGUCGCCGUCCUGCUAGCUAAAGGUCCCUAGUGUAAUGUAAUGAAGUGAAAAUUGGCUGAGUUGUAUAGUCAUAAUUCAUAAAUACACUGAUAUAUGUACAGUACAUGCAUAUGUCACGUAGUUGGGGGUGGGGUACAUUAUGAGCACUAACAUUCCACGAUGGCUGUGAGCUAGACCGCUGCACCUCCCCUACAUUUUUUCCACCUCCCCACCACUUUCACCAAAAUCCAGUCUUGUCCAUAUGGUAUAAGUAAUCUCUCAAAAUUCAUUCUUACUUAGAAAAAGCCAAAGAGACAUGUCGAAGCUUAUCGGAGACCUGAAGGAAUGCAUCGAGAACUGUAUGCCUUGCUCUAUAGUGACAGCAGGUACUGUUUCAAGACUUUCGUUUUUCACAAAUACAUGUAGAUCUAGAAUUAUAAAAAAAUAUAGUUAUGUAGUACGAAAAUCCACAUGCAGAUUUAUCGAGUAUCCCAAUUAACGCAAAAUAUGUCUGGUUGCAUUUGGCCACACGGAAAUUCGUACCGGUUAGCUGUGCUCGGAUUCAGUCGUCCAGUUUUAAUGCGUUCCACGCGAACGCAUGGCGAACUAAUAAAGAUCGUUCGAAAUUUGAGAACCAUGUUUCAUAAAAAAUCAAACAAUCUCGCCGACAUCUCUGAAAAUCCCCUAAAUUGUUCCUGCAGUCCCAGGAUGUCUAAAAGGUUGUUGAAUAUUUCCUUUCAAAAUUGUAAAGUUUAUUAGCGAAUUACAAAAAUGUGUGAAUAUUUCAGACAAAAAAAAAAUCCCCCAAAAAUUGGUGAAAUAUCUCAAGAACCAUCGUACGCUUUUUAGAAUAAUAGUGAGUUUAAGAUACCCCGGUUUCGGUGUACGGGUAGGGGUGGCAUGAUUUUGGUUAGCAAUAUUUUCGUCGAUGUCUGUACCUUUACUCGUAAUUAAGGUGCACAUUUUUUGCAUUAUAUCAUUGUCUAUUGCAAGAAAACAGAAAAAGUAUGAUCAAAUUAUAGACAUCAGUAAAAACUAGUAAACAAGAUGACACUACCCGUACACCGAAACCGGGGUAUCUUAAACUCCUUAAACUCACUAUUAAUAGAGCGUUUGCAUUCAUUCCCCAGGAACCAACUCAACAAAAGCCAUGGCGGCCAUGUUGGUGUUCCAGACAAAAUAGUCUCAUUAAAAUUCUUUUGAAUUGGAACACCAACACGGCGGCUGUGAUGUCGUAUACGCUGUAUAUAUAUAUAUCCCUAUUUUGUAUUUGAUGGUAAUGUAGAGGUCCCGCUGCACUGGCCCCAAGUGAUACUGCGCAAGGAUAUAAACAGGUGAAGGCUAAACUUGGGAGGAAAAAUGCACGUGCUUGGAAAUGGACGCCAUUUACCAAUCCAGCUCGAACAGAUGGAGCUGUAUUUUAUCACUGGAGAAGAUCAGCAGAUGAAGGCAAAGACUAUCCGUUCGCUAAAUUUAAUAAGGUUAGUACUAGACAAUGUGCCUACUUAGUUGCAGACAUUAAGUGUACAGUAUAUUAUUAUUGUGCACUUUGGGUGUGUGCACUUUGGGUAAUUGCAUGGUUUUAUUGCUUUAUACUACUCGCUAUAAUAUUUAUUAUUGACAUUAUACUCAAUCCAUAGAGCUAUCUGUUCUGCGGCUGCCGAGUUACAAUAGGGUGCACAAAAUAAGGCCGUGGUUGAUUGAGUAAAAAAGUAAUUGUCGUAGAGGCCACACGAUACGAUCAGUCGUAUACAAUUCUUACUCUGGCGUAUGUAAUCGUCUAAACGAAUAAAUUCGUGUGAAGAAAUUUCGCCAUAAACUAAAAGAAGAGGAAUGACAAUCGUAUAUGACUAAUCGUAUCGCGUAUACAGACCUUGACAAUUUAACGCUUGCCCAAAGGUUGUUCAUGGUUUCAGUUGAUCCUAGAACUUCUUACGUCAUGCAAUUUUCGGUCCACGUAAACAUUAGGUACAGUAUACGCAAUGCAAUGUGGGAUACAUGUGGGUUAACUAUUCAUUGUUUGACAGUGACAUAAGGACUUCUAAGGUCAAUAGACAAUCAAUCAAUCAAUCAAUGAAGCUUUAUUAAAAAAAUACAUAAAUAGGUAACAUGGUGUCCUUUCACUAAAGUGCUCUUCCAAGGAGCCAUGUAAAAAUACAAAAACAAAAGAAAUUAGCUAAAUAUAUAUACAAUCCUAUCAUUAUUUACAACUACUUAAACUUAGUAUUAAAUUUGAAAGUUAGAAAGUUUAUUUUUGAAAAGAUAUAUUGAAGCCUGACUUCUUAUUUCAUCCGGAAGAUCGUUCCAUAACACAGCCCCACGGUAGCCGAAGCUCCUUUUACCAGCCUCCGUUCUGGGUCUAGGGUGAACAUACUGUGCGAACUACCUCUAAGAUUGUGAGAGUGGACUUGCGAGGUAGGUUCAAAAAUAGUAUUAAGCUCGUUGGGAUAUAAAUUAUUCACUGCUUUAUAAAUACUUGUUGCGAGCUGUUUAGCACGACGUUGGUCAAGAGUUUCCCAAGACCUUUCCCCUUUUGAGUGAAAUUUUGAUCUAGACAAGUCUGGACAAAAAUUUCAUCACAGCUUGAAAGAGCAUCACAAAAUUAGUAAUAUUCCGAAGUUUCGUUGCGAAAUGUUGUAAAAUGCGGAUAAUAUAGCCUUGCGAAGUUUGCAAUUUUCAGUCAUUUUGUAUUACAAAUGAGAAAUUGAUAAUCAGUUUGAUCAUCUGAUUAUCAAUUUCCUGUACUGAAAAACGGCAAACUUCGCAAGGCUAUAUUAUCCGCAUUUUACAACAUUUCGCAACGAAACUUCGGAAUAUUACUAAUUUUGUGAUGCUCUUUCAAGCUGUGAUGAAAUUUUUGUCCAGGCAUAUCUAGAUCAAAAUUACACUCAUAAGGGGAAAGGUCUAUUGAAAUGGUGUAAACGUGGGGUCUUGUAGUAGUCUACAAAAAAAUCAAAUUCCAUAUAAUAGUCAUCCUGACGAACAGCAUUCGUUCAAAACGUCAAAGUGUUUUUAAUAAUCUCUUUGAUUGUUUGAGGUACUGUACGGGGGUUGAGAUCUGAAUUAUUGCAGCUUUAGAGUUUUUAUAAGUUUAUUUCUUCCUCUAGAAAAGCUGCAAAUCGGAUAAGUUGUCUCAUAAAUAUUACCUGUCUCACUGUCUGUACGGACAAAACUCGCCAUGACUAAAUACUAGAUAGCUCAUCUACUAAAAUUUUUACUUUGUAUUAACUACUGAACAUUUUUCAUUACAUAUAGAAAGUGAAUGUACCAGAAUACACAAAUGAGGAGUAUGAGGUAGAUAAUGUCUCCAUAUUGCUUACUGUAAAAUAUGACCUCCACUGAGAGAGCAUCCAAAUUUUCCCGUCAGACCUACCGCCAAUGAGGUCGUGGUGUGGUUAUUCUGACCAUGUAAAUGAAAAGCUCCCCAAUCAAUAUCAGGUAAAAUUUUAAUUAACCCAGGGUUAGCGCUAGUCCAGAUUUGAACAAUUUGCCCCAGAAGAACAGUGGUAGUGGAAGUUCAAAUCUGGAGUCCACAGACUCCACCCAAAAUAAAAACAGAUACACUGUACUAACAACCUGCGAUCCACAAACUUUGACUAUUUAUCAGAGACUGUUACUUAUAAUACCAAGCAACAAGUGCCUAAUAGAACGGCCGCCAUAGAAGGGUAGGGUAGUUUACUUGUGCGGAAAUCAGUUUGGGGAGACGAAGCGUCAUAAUAGCUGAACCGAGAAAGCGCGAUGCUACCAAUAUUGCCAUAGACCAGAACUAAUUACCAACUACCUGUAUUUAAGGCGUGACUAACCCAUACAGAUGAAACCAAUAGUGCGUAGAAACUCAUUACUCGCACGUUUCCAACGUUUAAUAUGGUUUCGUAUUUCAUACAUAGAUGUACCUUGUUGAUUCAUCUCAGUCAGGAUGGAGUAAGGAAGAAACUGACUAUUUAUUUGAAAUGUGCAAGUACGCCAUUAUAUUUCAAUUUGUAUUAUGUGUUGUAAGAAGUACAUUCAUUUCCAUAUUUUCCACACGAGAUGCAAGAUUACCAAUUAAUUAAUGUAUGGUUUACAAGGUUAAUCUGGUGUUUAGUUAAGGCACUAAGUUACUUUAAUGUAUCUUUUUUAGGAGAUUUGAUUUGAGAUUCGUUGUUAUACAUGAUAGAUAUGAUAAAGAAAAAUAUAAGG